AUGUCAAUAGCUUCAAAUCUGUCCGUCAUGUCUGAUGUAGCUGAGGUUGCCAUAACAACGUCAACAGCCAUAUUCAUCAUUAUAAGCAUCAUUGGAAACUUCCUUGUUUGUGUUGUUUUAAUCAAGAAUCGAGAUAUGAGGUAACUCAAGUAAUGCUACUUCCUGCUCAAAAUAGUCUACCAACAUAGGUACAUAAUAAUAAUAAAAAUGAUUUGUUGCUUGAUAAAUGUUAUUAUCAAGUGUUGUGUUGUUUUAAUCAAGAAUUGUGUUGUUUUAAUCAAGAAUCGAGAUAUGAGGUAACUCAUGUAAAGCUACUUCCCGCUUAAAAUAGUCUACCAGCAUUGGCACAUGAACAUAAUACCGAGUUUUAGAGCGUAACUGAUGGUUAUAAGCCGCUCCAUGUUUUCCUCACUGAAAUAGCGGAUAGAUCAACUUUGAAAUAGUGAAAUAAUUUAUUAAUUUUUAUUAUUUAAUAAAUGUCAGUGGUAUUUCAGCUAAAUUUGAAAUACCUACAUGUGAAAAUUACAAAACUAAAAAAUGAUAACAAAUUUCACUCGCCUAACGGCUCGUGAAAUUAACGUAUCACCACUAAUCAUGCUAUUACCUAUACUAAUAAAUGUCCACUAAAAACAUAACAGCUAACGUCAGCUUGGAGUUAAGUUGAUGAAAUUUUAUUUUGCCAUAGGACUCCAAUAAAUUAUCUUCUCAUAAACUUAGCAGUGGGGGACAUUAUUUUCGCAGUGUUUUACAUAGCGAACAUCAUACCAAGAAACAGUUUUACCCUUCCGGAAGGGUUGUCAGGCGGAAUAUUAUGCGUGCUGUUGGCAGAUGCGUCCUUGACUUGGCUUGGAGGAAAUGCUUCGGUUUUCACUCUUGUUGCCAUUGCCAUUGAACGUUAUUAUGCUGUGAUAUUUCCCCAUGGGAACAAGGGAAAACUAACCAUGCGCAAACUGAAGGUAUAUGUCCGCUUUACAAAAUAAAUUAUAAAUAAGUAAAUGAAUAAAUGUAUAUACAAAAGGAUAGUCAAUAAUUCAUGGGUUUCACACUUGCAUAUAGUGAUUCCUCGUUUACUAUUCGUGGGCGAAAAGGAAUUGGAAAAUGUCCGAAGAAAACCUCUUUGAGGUAGAGCACGAACCGACAACAAUCCAGUGACACAAGUCUGGCACCAUUAGUUAUCGAACUUUAACUUCAGUUUAUAAAAACCAGAUCAGUAUCGAGUCCAUGUAUAUAGGACUGCUAGUAAAGUUGUCGUUGUUGAUAUUGUUCUUGUGACGAGUCCUCAUCGUUAAAAAUAAUUAGUGCAAGUUCCCCUAGCACUGUCCAUGUUUGUGAUUACAAUUAAAUUUCGAGUAUUUUGAAAAUCUGCCAUUAAUUUUGUUUUCCCCGUUUUCUUGGAAGGGGUUUAGUGAUUUCAGACAUUCGCUUACUAAUAGCACUUUCUGGCUGUCUCAUAAGGUUUGGUCUUCAGUAUGACAGUUCUCUGUAAAAGGAUUCGUUCUAUUACCACUUACUAAUUCUUGGUAUUUAUUAAGGUGGCCAUUAAAUAACCAUUGUACAGCAUUUAAUACAAUUUUUUUUUAACUUUUACACAAUCUGUUUAAAGAUGGUCAUCGCUGGCUCAUGGAUCCUGGCACUGAUUCUUCAACUUCGGGAGUACGGGAAAAAAGUGGUUGACAACUCGUGCGUUUAUGUGUGGUCUGAAGAGUUUGUGAACUCCUUUAGUUUGAUGUGGCAUAGCUUUGUGUUUGUUUCAUGUAUCAUUCUGGCUGGCUUGUACUCGAGAGUCGUCCAUACGUUGUGGUUUAGACAAGAUUAUCAUAAUGACAUACCACACAAUCAACAGGUAUGGAUAAAAAGGAAUGAUUGAAAAUUUAGUAGCGUGCCAGCGCAACAUGAUAAUUUAGAUACAUGAUAUAGUGAUAUCCGUAUUGACCCUCAGCUUCCAAUAACCCACUCCACCCCCAUUUUAAUAAGCCGUAAGUUAAUGGCGCCAAAAAUUAAAUAGGUUCUUAACUUUUGUGGAGUCCCAACAACAGUGACAAAGAAGACGAGAAAUUUCAAUUUUAAUUUGAGUGAAAUUUGGCUACAAUUCCGAAUCAUUUUUAGUCGGCCCCUGGUUGGGCUCUAAAUAACUAUAUCUCAAAAAAGAACGAUUUUCCACUCUAAUUUUCCUUUAAACUCAACGUUGUUGUUGUCUCUCGAGUACAGGUUGUGUUGAAGCUACGGAAGCGAGUCACCUUGACAGUUGUCAUCAUAAGUGCUAUCUUUGGUGUUUCCUGGGGCACACAUUCCAUACUUCAUGUUUUGAAUGACAUUGGCUCCUACAAGCUCAGCCCAGUUGCAAUUCCCAUUUCUCACGUAAUGAUUAUGUUCAAUUCCGCCGUCAAUCCUUUUGCUUACGCUCUGAUAAACCAGCGUUUCAGGAAUAAGAUGAAAGAAAUGUUCUGCUGCAGUUCAGUGAGGGUUCUUCCUCACAACGAACUAGAGGAUAAAGAACUGGCCAAUGGUACGUCACUUAAACCGAACAACACAGCACACUCGAGCCUUCGGAAAUCAUGAGCUGCAGCGCAAAUUCGCACACAUUAUGCGCGUGAACGACCUAUUCGCAUAAACACAAGCCGUGACAAGCAGUUUUGCCUGGAGUUUCCCUCUCGGAAUGCUGUGAUAGUUUCUAACUUUGCUCCUCGACGUAACAAUAUUUUAACGUCUUCACGGACAAUUCAAUCUGUCACUGUUUCUUCUUAUUAUUAAUCUUGAAACGAAAAUCACGUUAACAAGUAAUUAUGAAUAAAGUCAGGAGCAAGGAUAAGCACGAUUAAGGUGGCUGAACACAGUUUUUGCAGGCGGUCAGUGGUAGCAGGUGUUUUAAGUUAGACAAACAAACAUGGCGGCGAAAAAAACAAUGGUAAACAGAAGACGAUUUCUCAAAAUCUACUCUACAAAAUCUUGUGAUAUUUGGCAAAAUUUUUACUUUUAUCGUAUUUUAAAUGAUGAGAACUUUAAAAUGGAAGUUGAACAGACGAAUUUUGUGACACAUUUAAUAAUUACAGUACAAUUAUAUUAUGGAUUAUCUAAAAACCCUCUGUUAAAAUUUGGUCAAAUAAGUUUCAAAUGGUAAUGAUUAAUUAUAGUAGGCUGUGUACGAGUUUAUAGGAAAAUCUAAUGAGCGAAUUUUAUGUAAACUGAGUAAAAGUUACAUUUUAAGGUUGUAUCCAACCGUUCAUGUUGCCAUGGAAACUACGAAAACGUCAAAUUUUAUUUGGCAGUCAAAAUCUUUCAUCAGUAUAUUUUUCACUUGCCAAGUUUCAGCUUGUGAGCUGCAACCUUUUUCUUGCCAUAAUUUGGCAAAUGCCCUAUACUCAGAAACUGCCAAAACUGUGUUCAGCCACCUUAAUCGCCCAAGUUCGAUAUAUUAAAGUUCUAACAUGACUCCGAGGCUAUCUGUUCAUUUUUCUAUAUUUGGUUUGGUUUUCUUUGUGUUCAAGUCUCUUCUGGGAAUUUCGAGACAAUGGUGUUGUGUAAAAUUUGCAAUUUUGAUCCUAAAUCUUCGAUGUUUACUACUCAAUGCUAGAAGUUUAAGAAAUAAGGUUCUUUAAUUGCAAGCCCUGCUGCUUGAAGAUUACUUUCCGGUGAUUGCUAUCACGGAAACAUGGCUUGACUCUAGCUUCAUGGAUUUCGAUUCAGUCUGAAUGACUACUGUGUUCAUCGCAAAGACAGACAAGAUUGUAGAGGUGGAGGUGUCUUAUUGGCAGUACAUACGGAUUUAAUCUCCAUAAGAAGAAGGGAUCUGGAGUAUAAUGAUAAUGUUGAAACCGUCAUGGUGGAAAUUUGUCAGAAAUUGAAGGACAAUGUUCUAUUUGGAGUGUGCUACAGACCACCCAGUGCUGAUGUGGAGUAUUCCUUCAAAUUACGACAAUGUAUGGAGAGAAUUGAGAUGACCAGUUUUGCUACCUGUUAUCUUGCGGGCGACUUUAAUUUUCCAAGCAUAAACUGGGAUAGUAUAUCUGCUACUUCAAGUGAUUUAAUGUACUGUUGAUUUUUGUGACAUGCUUAAUGAUCAUUUUCUGGUUCAAUGUAAUUUCAAUCCAACAAGAAUGCUUAAUGAAACUGAUGACAAUAUACUUGAUUUAGUCCUGACCAAAACUCCUGACCUGGUUAGCGAUGUUGAAGUACUGACUGAUCAUUUUAAUUCUGAUCAUUUUCCGGUUAGUUUCAAUAUUAAGCUUUUAUCUGGUCGCCCUCGUAAGUCCGUCUCAGGGAAAAAUGACAACUUUAAAAAGGCAGACUUCACUGCACUGAAUGAAUUAUUGAAGUAUAUUCCAUGGAACUUUGCUUUCUUGGAAGAGGAAGUGGACACCUGUACUGAAAGAGUCAAUGACUUAUUACUAGCUUGCUGCUGAUAUGUGCAUUCCAACCUUUACUGUGAAAAAAGAAAACUAAUCCUCCAUGGAUUACUAAGGAAAUUCUCAAUAAGAUCAAAAAGAAAAAAAGGUUAUAGAGGAAACUAAAGGCUCAUCCAUCAGAAAUCCUUAGCCUAAAGUUUAAAGAGUUACGAAAAUCCGUCAAGCAGUUAGUAAGAUCUGAGUAUAAAAGAUAUCCAGAGCAUCUGUCGAGUCAAUUGAAGGUAAACCCAAAGCGAUUUUGGAGCUACCACUCAAUUAAGUCGAAAUCAAAACGGCUUCCUGAUGUAAACACCUACAACAGAAGAUCUGAGAUAAAACCUCAUGAGCAAGCUACCUUAUUUAAUAUUCACUUUCAUUCAGUUUUUUUGUAAAUUAGUAAGGAUGGUUCAAUUGCUUUGUAUGCUGAUGACAGUAAAAUGUAUAGGGUUAUUAAGACUCAAGAAGAUCUGUCUACUUUUCAAAGUGACAUAGAUAAAAUUUCAGACCAAGAAAUGUAAGAUCAUGCGAAUUACCAGGAAAAAGUCACCCUUAGUUGGGGAGUAUAAUAUUGAAGGUCAACCUUUGGAAAGUGUUAAUGUGUAUAAAGAUUUAGGAUUGUUUACGGCUAGUAAUCUUUCAUGGAACCAACACGUAGAUAAAAUAACUGCUGAGGCUAAUAGGGUUUUAGGGUUGGUUAAGAGGACUUGUAGGGACUUAAAGGAUAUUGAUACCACGAACACACUUUAUUGUAGUCUUGUGAGACCUUUAUUAGAAUAUUCAUGCGAAACUUGGAACCCUCAUACUAAACGUGACAUUGAUAAAUUGGAGGCUACCAGAUGGAUCACUAGGUCUGAUGAUGAUUAUGAUACUAGACUAUCUAAGCUAAAGUUGUUGUCAUUAUCUAAUAGGAGGUUCACUAGCGAUGUUACAUUCUUUUUCAAUGUAAUUAAUGGACAUUAUGAUAUUGACAUCUCAAACAGGCUCAUAUUUUGUAAGGACAGAAAUACAGGUUAUAACUUGAGGAAAAAUGACACAUAGGACCUUGUUCCAAAUUUUAGUAGAACUGAUGGUUGUAAAUAUAGUUUUUUUAACCGCUUUGUAAAUGAAUGGAAUGGUUUACCCAAUCAUAUUAGAGUCAAAUAGUAUUGCAACUUUUAAAAAAAAUGUUUUAAGCUUUAUUAAGGAUAACUAGAACAUUUAUAUUUCUAUUUCUAUAUCCCUAGUAUGGCGCAUUGGCGCUUUUGGUUGUCUCCUUCUCCACAACUUUAUUAUUUGCUUGUAAUGUAGUGGAGUGAAUCUGUAAUCUGUAAUAAAGAAAUAAAUGCCCCUGAUAAGACAACACGGCUUUUCAUUUCAGCUCAUUUAACGUCUAUUUUUAACAAGGAAAGGGUUUCAUGAAUUCACGAAUCUUUGCCUCAAAUGGUCCAGUUGACAGCUGCUUUAAGAUAAGUGAAAGAAAACCCAAGCCUUGCUUACGCACUGCUUAUGAAAAAAACAACACAUAGGACUAGACUGCAGACCCUGUUGACAAAAGUACAGAUUCAACUUUUGAAAUAUCUGGUUAACCAGUUGAACUAGUAAAGAUGCCCGUAUAAAGGUGCCGUAAGGAUGCGUAAAGAGAGCGCAUUACGACCCGGAAAAAAAGUGGCGAGAAGCUGCGUUAAGACGAUCUUUACUUAUUGCAUAAGGGUUCGUAAAGAUCCGUUAAUAACGUUAGCCUCGUUAUUACGACCGGGGUUUUAUGGCCCAACGGUGGUUGUAUUGUUGGGGUUCCAUUGUAUUUUCUUACAAAUUUGUUCACUUGAACAAUAUCUUGGUUCUCUUUUUCGUCAAGUUAAAAAAACCGGACGAUACAAAGUAUGAAUUAUGCAACAAGAAGUAUUGAAACAAAGAUGUAUCUUAUUUGAAUGUGAACACCGCAAGAUUUUGUCCACCUAGGUUUUAAAGGUAGAUAGUCAAAUAAUCUUACCAUAAUAUGGCCUAAGAGAGAAAGGGUUUGAAAAAGCCGAACGUAGCAGAGUAUUAAAAAUACCUAAAUUGAAACUGCGUGCCCACUCUCCUACCUAACCGCCACCCCACCCCCUCUCCCGUAGAUAGAUAGAUAGAUAGAUAGAUAGAUAGCCUUUAUUUUAAAACGAUGAGUAUUAAAGCUACAUGAGCUUGUGGGGUCGUUUGCAAUUAACUAAUUACAAGUAAAAACUAGGGGUAUAUACAGACAAAACGUUUGAACUAAAUUAGCGCUUACAAAUAUGAAAUUAUGAGCAUAAAUUUAAGUAUAUACAAAGUCAUCCUUUCUAAAAUUACAAGUGGAUGCAGACGUUAUCUUAAAGCUGAAUUCAUUAAAAUUAGCUUGAGAUUUGAGCUUUAGCCUGAGAUCACGAUAAGGAAUGUUUUUUGUUAGGGCACUACAGUUGUUGGUCACUGCAUUCCACAGGACUCAGCCUCUAAACGCGACAGAGUCUUUCAUGUAACGCGUGUUGAAGCGUGGAACGAUUAAAGAAGCGCAAGUCCGGGUUGAAUAGUUUGUGACCCGUUUCUUAGAAAUCAGGUCUAUUAAUGUGACAGGUAACCUGUCGUGGAAAGCGUUAUGAAGACAGAUGAAAAUGGCUAAUUUAUAAUAAAUAGACAGAGUUUGCCAUUGGGCCCGUUGUAGGACAUCAGCAGAUGCCAUGUCUUUCGGCAAAUGAAAGAUAAGUCUCGCAGCCCUGCAGUGAAGUCUUUCCAGGGACUGAAAUAAGUCGGAAUUGCAGCAAGAUCCCCAUAGUAUAAGACCAUAGGUCACUGAGGGCAAGAUGACCUUAAAGGGCAACUCUCGCGUAGGACAACAUUUUUCAGGAAAACCUUGCAAAUGUUUCUCUCAUUGUAAUACCAUCAAGAAAUAUAUCUUCAGCGAUCUAUUUGGCUCAGAAAUCGAGAUUCAAAGUGUUAAAUUUGCCGCUCACUCGAACUUCCGCCAUUAACGCUUCGAUUUUGCCUAUCACGUGACGUGACGUCACAGGUGUGGAACAACAGAUGAUCUCGAAUAUGGCUGACUGUAGUUCUUCAAGUGAUAGCGCUACCUCUUUGUCCGAUUAUUCGGUUCUAGAAAAACUUUUAGAAUGCGAAGUAUAGGGAAGCCCUUCACGGAAAUUCAACCCCGGCGUUUUGAGCUGCCUGGAAGAUCGUCCGAAGCUGAUGAAGUUCGUGCGUCGCCAGAAAACAUCGAGCCUACCACUCGCCCGCUGCGAUCUCGAUAGUGAAGAAUGGUGAGUGCCUAGAUGGUUUUGAACAAUUCUUGUGUACAGUGCGAUCCGUUAAUCGCUUGAUUUCAUCAAUGCUAUGAAUGCUUCAAAUUGUAAAAGGAAAAGGACUAAUUAAACGCGCAUUUUUUUUUUGUAUACUGAGCGUUUAUAAUUUUAGAUCAUUGUUUUCAUAUGUACAAGUAGUCGAAAGCGUACCUUCCCCUUCUAACGACUACGGGAAAUGAUAAUCUGGGCAAGUUGUCUCUGUGUAGUUUUCUUUUAAUUUCUGCUUUAAUCCUGGUUUUACAAAAAGCAGUGAUUUAUAUCGGAAGCAAUAACUACGCUCUCGUAAUUCGUUGACUGCAACGCAAAUAAAUUUCCAUAUCUUUGCCCCUUGACAGCCGCUCAUGCUCGACUCGUGGAGUGCGUGCACUUUAAAAUUUUUCUCUUUUGUUGUUAUACAGAUUGUUAUACAUAAUAACUGAGAGGCGCUGUACAGUUGUUUUCCUACAAGUCGUUCACUUACUUUUACUGUGUCUUGCUCUGUCAAUGAAUUUGGUUCAGAAGUUAUUAUUCUAGCUUCUGUGUAUCCUGAUGUUAUUAUUAAGACAAUUUAAAUUUGGGAUGAGAUACACCUCCAUACUCAUGUGAACUAACUGCUUGCAUAGAACGUUUCUGCUCCCCAGUAUAUGAUUUUCGAGGUUGGGACACGUCGUAUUCACUUAAGUUUUUGUCUGGAGCACAACAAUGGUUAUGUUAACUACAAUAAUAUUGCAUUUGAUGAGAUAUAACUGCAGGAACUUCUAUUAUAAUACGCCCAGUAUUGAAAACGUGUACAUAUUUGAAACUAUUUUGUGGUUAUGGGCAGGAGAUAGUAUGAUGAAGCCAUAAACGUUAAAGAGUGAAUAAGCUCAAAAUUGAAAUAAUAUUCUCUGUCUUGACUUAUGGCAGUUUGAUAAUUUUCUGGGUGCAGAAUGAAAAGGUCAAUAUUCAACACUUGCUGUGGUGCCCUCCAUUAACCGACGUUCAAUAUUUAUGACUAAAGAAAAUAACUACUAUUGGAUGGGGGGAAAAUAUCUGCUUCCAACGGGUGGCUGUUGUAAAACGUAAAUAUUUGGAGGCAGUUGAAGUUAAAAAUAUAGAGAGCCUCCUAGAGGAGCAUAGUGGAACACCCAGGAUUCCAGGCAGUUUGUCUGAAUUACUGGGUGUUACGAGCUGCAUGGCAAUAGAAGCAGCAGCAUGGUGCCUCAGCAUAUGAAGAAUCAGAUCAUAAAAAAGCAGGCACAUUGCCUACAGGCAAUUGGUAAGGUGAUACUGGAGCUCCCUUACCAGGGACACAGGAGUUACAUUACCAUCCUUGAUUCCUGUGCAGUUAAGUUCAUACGACCUCAUUUCCAGGAGCCUGAAAGGUUGGAGGAUGAGAUGGAGUUCACAGGAUUCCAUUGUGCAGGGCUGAGUUGUUCAAAGCUGGGUUAAGAUAACCCAGGGUUAGUGUGACAUUUAAAUUGAGAUUUUAAAGCUUAAAAAGCAAUUCAGUUUUAAUUCUUUUUGUCCACAAGUUGAUGAUUGGAAGCUCUACAAAUAAGGGAGAAAAUUAUCCGAGAAAAUGCUUUUGAACACAAGAAAAAGAAACCAGGGUUAAAUUUAACUCCGGGUUAAGCGCUAACCGGCCAUCGAACAACUGGGCCCAGAUGAAUAAAUAUACGAUGUAUUGCAAAUUACCCUACUGUAUAUAAAAUAUGAUGCAAUUUUCUCACUCACCACUGGAAGACUGGGCUAGAGCAACUUUGUUGCCAUUAAAAUGAUUGCUACCCAGCAAACAAUGUCAACAAUAACUGUUGGAACUAAAAAAUCUAUAAGACUACAUGGUCUUUUAAAGUCCAAUGGUGUCAGUGUGUGGGAAAUACAUAAUUCUUCUUGACUAUUUGCUCCCAGCUUCUGAAUAAUAAUGGCGGAUUAGUGUUUGACUAAUAACAUGUCACCCUUUUUUUUCCAGCAGGUGUGAUUGUUAACUGGGAAAUAAUGUACAAGUUGAAACUUUAUAUCUUAAUGAUAAAAUGGUAUUUUAUUGUUCAUUGCUGUAUAUCUUUAGGUUAUAAUGGGAAAUCCUCAUUUUUAAUUAGAAUUCACAAAUGGAUUGUUUCCAUCUUGCAUAUUUUAAUUGAGAAGGCAAUAAUAAUAAAGAAAACCGGUCACAGUUUAAGUGGACCAUACAGUGCAUGGUCAUCUAAGUCACUAAUUGCGGUAGUGACCUAGCUUAGCCUAAACUACUAAGAAUCAAAACAUUGCAGGGCAUUGUGGUCCUUCUUUAGUUGACAAGGCUGGAAAGAUUUUAUCUGCUAACGAAAGAACCCAUUGCCUCAUCUCUGUUGGGCCUCUCUUUGGAUGCAGCAAGUUAGUGUAGGGGUAUUCAGUGGCAGGUUCAACAUGUAGUUUUUUAAAGCCCUUGAAUUUUCUUAAUAGCCAGCAAAGACUUUCAGUUAUGGUGCUUAAGCCGUAACCUUCAACAAAAAGGUUCAUACUGCAGGAACCUUUCCUAGUUCUUUCUCCUUUUUCACUCCCGUUAUGGAUCGCAUUUUUCACCUUGGAAUUUUCCAAAAGUACUGCGUCGGGGAUUUAAAAACGGGCUGAUAAUUUCUUUUUUCCUUUCUUGUGAGAAGUCCCAAAGGGAAGUAUUGCAAAAGAAGCGUGACACGCGUGGCUAUCAAGGCAGUUUUAUAGUGUUCGCGGGUAGGAUGGGUACAAAGUACCACUAAAGAUAAUGAAGCAAUCCUAUUUUAAUCAACUUUUUUUAAUCAACUGUUUUCGUUUCUUUCCAUCCUUAAAAGGCCCAUUACAUGUAAUUUUAGCGUGUGUGCAGGUUUUGCAAUGGAAUGACGCUACAAUCUCGAGAGCACAUCUCGAAUAACUACAUUCAAAAUGAUGAUCAUAAAAUCGCAAUUUUCGGCGAGAAGUGAGUUUUAUUUCGCGUGUUUAGAAGCAAAGGUAAAUGGAUGGAACCUGCAGAUUUCAGACAAGAGAACAACACACUUAAGUGAAAACACAAAAGGCGGUAUAGAAUCAGGCCGGUACGGCGGUCUGUGACGGAGUUCUCUUCAAAGAUGUGAGUAUUUCCCGGGAAAAAAUCGUUUUCGAGGAAUGAAGGGCAUCAAAACCCAUCAGGUAACAUUAAUGGUUGUAUCAGAAUUUGAAAUCUGCUAUAGGAAAGAUGUUCUUUAUAUUAUACGUAGCAGAUUAGGAGCUUAGCUGUUUACAAUUAUUGACCUCGGGUCGAUAAAUGUCUCACGCGACUUCAAAAAUACCCUAACAAACAAAAUACAGAAAAAAAUCUAAAUCACCCGCAUCUGAUGCCCGUGUAAAUUUAAAAAUUGGAACCAUCAUCGAAAUGCUUUUCCUGAACGUUAAUAUGACAGUAGAGGCUCUAUUUCUCCUUUAUUUGCAAGAUAAAUUUGGUGCGUUUUUCUCUUAUAAUCUUCACUUGGCAAUCCGUGUUCCACACGUGUGACGUAAAAUCACGUGACUAACCUGAAAUCCGAAUGUUUUCAAAAUGGCGGCAAAAAUCGAGUUUUCGAAAAAUUAUAAAAAAAUAAGUUUCGCAGAUAUAUCCGAAAUUUCACCAAAGAGAGACAUUACAUGCCAUUAGGAAACCAUAGAGAACUUAAAAAAAGGAGUAAUUUUCCCGAGAGUUGCCCUUUAAAAUAGAGAUCCUGACGAACGUUUCUAGGGAGAAAUCUCGACUUCUUAAGUAAUCCUUGUUUUUUAGCAAAUGAUUUUUUGAGUUCCAGCAUAUGCUGAGUCCAGGUCAGUUUCUCAUCGACGGUCAUUCCCAGUAAUCGUGAUUUCGAUACCCAUUCAAUCGUAGAGUUUCCGAUAAAGAUCGGGGGAAUGUUAAAUAAAUAGACAUUGUUUCUUGGGUGUAGCGUGCAUAAAGAUGAUAAUUUAGACAGAUAAUUAUGGUUACCAUAAAAUUGAACGUUGUCUCAAUAAUCUCUUUGACAUGAAAAAACAAAACACUUCAUUUUCUUUACUGAUAAUCUAGUUUGAGGUAUUAAACGAAAAGAGUGAUUUGUCUUAAUUGCUCAGGAUGGAGCAUAAGCCCUGCAUCACGAUACCAUUUGCUAUCCUUAUAUUUCUCCAGAAGUUAAAAAUUAUACUCCUAACCUUUCAAGAACUGUUAUGAGUUGUGGGGAGUUUGAAGAUCACAAUGGCCAAAUGAAUGCGAUUUGCGCGCGGACGUCAUAGACCGACCCUAAAAGCGAAUCCGACCAAAAACAGUUAAUUUUCUUUUGCUGAUAACCUAGUGUAAGAAAUUAAUCGAAAAGUGUCAUUCGCCUUGAUUGCUUAGGAAGGAAAGCAGAGUAACACGAUCAUCAUUAAUCUCUCGAAAUGUUAUAAGUUCCGAGCACUCGCCGUUUAAAAAUAUUAGAGUUAGAUAAGGGAUUGCCAUUUAUGAGCUCAAACUGUCCUGUGUGCGUGGAAGUAAUAACAACAGCUUCCUCUUUUCUGUUUCGUCUUAACUUAAAUACAGUGAUGUCAUUUACCAUAUAAGGAAUUUUUAGUUUGUGUCCGGUUUAAAACUUUGAUGAAAAGAGUCACACUCCAACAUUAUUACUAUUUGUCUUGAUGUGCUGUUUACAAAGCCUUCACCAUGUUAAUUAACUGUUAAACCGUACGUGAAAUAAGGCGAGAAAAGGACCAUAUUUUAAACUCAGGUAUCUAUAUUUCUUUUCCUCCUUAAAUAUCUUAUUGUGGACAAUUUAGGUCUACUUUUUACACAUUUUCCGACAAGAGCGAUGGUUGAAUAUAAUUUUUAACUCAAGCGUUUAAGAAAUUCUGUGUAAGAUGAUAGUUCAAAGUUUUUAAACGGCGACAUUUAAUAAAAGUUUUCUGUAUGGCUGCAGCUGCACUUCUCAAGUUAACCGGGUUAGUUUUUGAAAAACCCGGUAAAAAAUUCUUCACAAGCUAACCUGCUUAAAAGAGUUCAACCAGGUUAAUUUUUAUCAGCGGCCAGACGCAAUUUAGACUUUCCCAAAGUCACUUCAACGUCGCUUGGUCUUUUGUUUUUUUUGUCGUUCGCUUGGGUCGCUCAUAGGUCCUCAUAACGCUCGCCUAUAAAGAGUGACUGACAAAAUUUGACCCCCUAUUACUGAUUAAGAGAGGUAGACUUCUUUUAAGUCUUAACUCAAUUUUGUUAAGAAAGAAAAGCUGAACUUGGAGCGGAGUAAUUUCGAAACUGUUGUUCUUGCGUGCAUCGUAAAGCCAAAAUUUGAUCAUUCUCACGAGCUUUUAGGCGGAGAUGAUCGACUGAUUGAUAAGGUUAACCCGCGUUAAACUACCUCGCAAGGUGUUUUGAGAAAACCUAACCGAGUUAAGAAAGUCGAUUGUUCUUGCUUGAUUUGCAAAGCCCGGUUAGAACUCGGUUAAGACUGUAGAAAACCCUGCCGCACUCGCAGGUUUUUUAAACGAGUUAACUUUAAUUAGCUAAUUGUAAAUAACUCGGUUAAGUCCCCAAGUGCAGCCGCAGCCAUGCUGUUUGGCAGAUCGAAAAACUGUUAUUGGUAAGUUCACACAAAAAGUUUUGCUAGUAUGUGUCGAUCAGUGACUGAAGAAUUUCCUCAGUUGUUGAAGAAAGUUAAAGCUAUCUACUGACUAUUGCUUUUGUUGACUUUUUGUGCUAAGAGUGGUAUCCAGUCAACGUGUUUUAUAGGUCUAGACGAAGGAAACUGAAAUCUGCAUUAUUAAAGAAACUCAAAAAGAACCUAAAGGCCGGAUGUUACAAGCAAACAGUCUAUGUAUGCAAAGCGUAAUAUGCACAUUUAGACUGGAUUCGUUAGCCUGUUCCAGGCGUUCAGGUAGUAGAGCGCGGCGGUCAGGUCAAUGGCUAGCGAGUUAAAUUGUACACCGGGAAAACGGCGGGAGGGGGCCGGGGAACGAGGAGGGGGCGAGGGCGAGAGUCCCUCCCUCUUCCCCCCUCUAGUUUCCCCUCGUCUCUUUUUUUUCUUCGUGAAUUUUUCUCCCGCGCUCUACUAUCUGAACGCCUGGAACACGCUAUGUAUUCGUUCACUGGAACUGGAAUUGAGAGUUAAGCGACAGUUGAGUGUUCCUUACCACUCGUGAAAAAAAUAAUUUACCCCCAUACUUUUAUGGGUAAAAUUUUUGGUUAGCCACAAUGGGUGUUAAGUUUUUGAUAUUAUUAGAUAAGAAAAACCCAUAUGCAGCAAACUAUAUUCAUAUAUAAAAACAUGAUAAAUUAUGAACGACUGACUUUCUUCAAUUAAUCGCUCGCGAUGCUAAUUACUCAAGCUUCUGUUUUUGAUCGCGCUAGUUUUUCUGUCUUCCAUUUAGCAGAAAUAUAUCAAUCGAAAAGUCUCCCUUUUAUUGUAAAAGGAAAGUUUGACUUGAACACUUACGGCAAGUCUUUUGCAUAACUAUGUCUUCAGUUUCUCUUGGGGCCAUUUUAUCUCCAAGAGAAACUGAAACAAUGCUUCUGCAAAAUUUUGCGGUGACAAACAAAGAGCAUUGUGGUAUGUUAAGGUAUUUUCUGGAGUGAUCAAUUUGAAGAAAAUCUGCUAGAUUAAACAUCCCUAUAUAAUUUGCCUCGAGACAGGCAAAAUCGGGCACGUUACACCGAUCGAGGUAAACACGUUUCUAAAGAACAAAAUAUUUUGAAUUGCAAAGACUAUUAGGAGAAACAGUUAUUGAGGUCGGCUUUCGCAUGAUCUGAGAAAUUGAGGAGCAAAAAAUUGAAUAGCAUUAUCUGCAAAAUUAUGCAGAUUAAGGAGGGUAGUGUUUCAAAGAAUUCUAUCUAAAAACACAACAAUAAAUGCUAAAUUAUUUGAUCUCAAUUAGGAUUAUUACUGCCAUCUCUGCAGAACUAACCAAGCCUAAAAGCGCAGCUCCCGCAUAAGACUGACCGUGUGCUGGGAAAAAAUUUAAGCUUCUGAAAGAAAAUUCACUAAACAACUUAACCUAACUGCAUACUUUGCUUUAUGAUAACAUGCGAACUCUUACGUCAAAAAUUUAACCAAAGUUUACCUUUCUCUCUUCCGUCAAUCACGAUGACUGACCUCUCAGGAAAUAUGGGUUUUCUUCAGCAGGUGCAAAAGGUCAUGAUAGUAGUUUGUGGUUGGUAGAUUUCGCUUCAUCUUGCUUCUUUUGUUUUCUCGUAAUUAUGAUCGACGGAAGUUAAGCUACAACUGAACAAAACUAUGCUUACAGGGAAGGAAACAUGUCUUGUUUUAAACUUAAAGUUGUUGUCCAUUUCUUAAAAAUAGUUCACUUCUUGUUUGCAAAGCAUACAUAUGUGAAUUAACCGUUAAGGCGUCAAAUAACGAGCGAAGAGAACAAGAUUUUUUCAAAUCAGGUUUUUUUUUUCUUGGACUAUCAUCUGGUGAGUCGUUUACACUCCUUUAUAACAAAGGAAAAAAUCGCAUGAAGAACGAUGAAUGACAAUGUGUAAUUCCCGUUUAAAAAAAUUCUGUUUGUAAAUAACAAAGUCUCUGUACAUCGAAAAUUAAGAAAAAGAAGGUUUUUACCCACAUACUCUUUUGUGUGAAGGUUUUCUUAUUAUGACUUGCUCAAAUUAAUUACUCACAAUGCUAAUUAAUACUUCUUCUGUUUUUUUUUAUCACAUUCGUAUAGCUUCAGUUCUUAAUUCGCGAAACAAAAAGUCUCCAAAAAGCCGCGAACGUUUUGACUUAACAAGAAGACUUGUGAUAACGUUGGAUUUUCAUCUCAUGCGCCUGAAAGUGUCAAACGAGACAUUAAGAGACCGACGAUCGUUUGUUUUCAUAUUACUCUGGAUAUUUGCAUUUGCAUAUUUACACUUCGUUUUUUCUUAGGGAUGAGUAGAGCGAGCGAAAAACGAGCGCGCAUGAAAAUCAACCCGCGCGAGAAAAGGAGACACACGACUGGGUGAUUUUCACGCGCGCUCGCCUUUCGCUCGCUCUACUAUCCCUGAGGAAAAAUGAGGGACUACUCGUAGUCUAAAUAAUUCUCCGCUUCUGGAUGGCUCAAAUCGCAAAUCGGCUAAUUCUUUCGUUGACCAAACUAAGAAGGCGUUUGUGAUUUUAGUACCAAUGACUUCAAUUGCAAGAAAUAUUGGCAGAAAAAAAAAACGUCAACCUGUGAGAAGCCCUGAGGAAGUCUCAUCAGCUCAGCUGUUUUCUUAGAACUAGAGAAAAUGGCAGAAACCAACCACUAAGCAGAUAAUAGAUAGAGUUAAUGCCCUUUUAGGUUUCUUUUUGGGCUUGUUCUCUUUGUCAUAUAUUUAUGACAUUGUUGGAUUGUCUGAUAAUUACAUCAAUGUUUACGCUAAUUAUCUUGCAAAUCAUCGUCUUCCAAUGACAUGCAAUAAGAAAAUGCAAUAUUUACUUAGACGUGCCCAGCGCUCGAAGGAUGGUGGAAUGGUCGAAUCUUCGCCUGCAGAUCAUGUUAUUUCCGUGAUGCCUUGUUCACCUCUCAUUUUAAGUUCCUCGUCUAGAUUAAAAUCACUCGAACAUGCAGUGGAGUAGGGUUUCGUUUUAUUUUGAGCGGCAAAACAAAAUUAUUAUGUUCACUAUGGAGUUUUAAAAAGUUACGAUGCAGUUGUAAAUAUGAUCCUAUGUAAUAUUAACUAACUUCAAAAGUAAACGAGAAUAAUUAUUUUUUACAUUUCCCCACGCGGAACCCGGCCAUUGGUAGCUGGUAACUAUACACUACGCUCCUGCUGUCAGGAGUACUUGUGGUACACUGUAUGUUUCUAUGUCUGUCUCUCAUUUCCAUCACAUAAAGCAGCUGUCUGGGGCAAGUCUGUCUCUCGGUAAUACUUUGCUUUUGGUUCGGGAAGUGCUUGGAAUGUGUCUUCCAAAUAACCUAAAAAUUCAGCUUAUCAACAGGUUUUUUCAGGUAGUCUUUUAUAGGUUAAAUAUCAAUCGGUGAAUUUUUCUUCGUAGUUUCUAAUCUCGGCUGUUCUGUAUCUGUAAUAGUUGAAGUAGUUUUUAUAAGCGUUUGGUUUUUUAUUAUGCCAUUUGUUUUACAUUGCAAAAGCGCAUGGAACACAGGGAAACUAAUAAUUUAAUAAUUUAUCUUCUUUACUACUUGCAUGCUUUUUAAACUUUUUAAUAUCAAUGCUUCUAAGGCUACCUACAAUUACACGUAAUUACGACUUUUAAGAUCUCCUAAGUUCGCCAAUUUUCAAAGCCCCAAAGCAGGAUUAGCAGACGACUUAAACCCUCAGCUAACCCACCGUCAAACAUAAUUCUAGAGGUACUGCAAAACAGAUUACUAUUUUGCCUGAUUUGUUGUUCGGGUUUUUGUUUGAGACCGCGAUUUAAGUAAAAAGACGGUGAAAAGCCAUUUAAGACUUUUUUAAUCAAGCACGAUCGACUUUUCUCGAAAGCUUAUUGUCACCUUUGAAGACCUUAAAAGAGAUUUAAUACUUUGAAAAUAAUUUUCAUUGUUUACUUAUUAUGACUAUCAUUUAUUCAUUUUCUACGUCUUCAUUGCUCUAAUUUUGUUAAGGCCCUGAUGAUGGUGCCAGCGUGUUUUUUAAACGUGAUGAUAUUAAUCUAUUCCUCAGCUUUAAAGAUUUCUUUGCAUCUAAAGGAAGAUGAAGAUAAUCUUUUACCGAAGAAAGUGCAGCAUAUAUAUUUAGCUGUUUGUAAUAAGCAGACUGUAAGCUCUUCAUUCGCUUCAGUUAUAUGCCGGGAGGGUUCUAAAUCGUAAGUCAUCAGCGGGUAUGACAGAAAAAGUAAGCUGGAAAUCAAUUCUCACUCUUGUCAGUGUCCAAGAAAUUCAUCUAGCCAAGAAUAUAAGUUUUAUAAAAACUCGCUUGCUGAUAAAAUAAAUCAUUUUGGUUGGACCUAUAACACUAAUCACCCGGCACCUUGCUUCUGGAAGCGAGGUUGCUAACCAGAUGGUUAAAUUUCUUUCAUUGUUAUUAAGGAAAUUGCAGUUAAAGAAAAGCUCACCCCCGAAACAGUUAGUGGUUAUAAAAUAAUUCUGUCCAGGGGGUUUCUUGGCCAUUUAUUCUUGAACAAAAGACUAUGAGAGGCCAUUUGCAACCUGCCUCGUCCAUGAUCCAUGACCUUGAGAGAAAAAUAACAUUUUAAAAGGAACAAGCUAAUUGAUCCUUUGUCCCACUGGUUUUGCCUAAUCUCAAGCAAAGAAUCAUUAAUUAACGUGGGUCAUGGCUAAUUCACGCUGUCGUUUACGUCUCUGUAUUCUUUGUAAUAUUAUGCACACGCCCUUGUUAGUUAUUACCGUGCAAACGUUUCAGCGGUAUUUCGGCCCGGUUUCAGUACAAAAUAAGCUCUGGAAGCUUUUUCACUAGGCUUUUGGCAUCUGUUUUUCCGGUAGGUCUACAUAGAACGUUUGUUGUAACUUUACAUCCAUUUCUCCUCGUAAGUCUACUUGUACACGUAAUUCAUCGGUUCUUUGUCGUGUUUUGACCACUCGGACGUUAAAGGAAGUAUGUCAGGAUUUUUGGGUAUUACUUAAAAACCUCAAAAACACAUUGGAAUCCCAGAAAAUCCUGAAAUAGUGGUUCAGUUUUAUAUACAACUACUCAACUGUGGGCCUCUUCAGCUUUCGAUGGACAUGAUAGACCGAAAUGGAAAGCAACUUGAAAAAAAUUCGACGAAUUCUGCUUUGUUUUCCCUCUGAUAGAAUAAUCCCAUGUCUUUCUUUUAGAGUUCCAACGUAUGAGAAGAUGUAACUGAUAAUAAUACAGUUGAACCUCUCCACGACGGUAAUCCACCUUGGGGACAGAAAAAAGUAGCCGUUGUGGAGAGGUGGCCGUUAUGGGAAGAUAGUAUACAUGUUUAUUGUGCUAAGUUUAUGCUUACUGUAUCUCCUAAUGGUAAUCCAAGCUUAUAUAGUAAUUAUAUAGAGAUAAAAUACAUAAAAAAAACUUGAAUAAUGUUUUGAUCAAAAUGUUAGCGUGACAAAGCGAGCAAGGUUCGAAACAUUAGCCAUGUAGACAAAUUAUACUUACCGCAGCAGUAUAACCGGAACACUUUUAAAUUAUACGAUUGCCGCAAUUAGACAUCAACGCACCAUACGGAUGAAAUUUCUUAACCAUUCUUGACUUUUCCAUCAGUCGCUGAAAAAACUGGCCGUUGUAGAGAGGAUUUUUUAGCAGUUGGGCACACGCUGGCUUUAGUGGCAGUGGCUGUUGUAGAGGGGUUUAAGUAAGAGUCAAUGUAUGGACUGUCCACCGGGACAAAAAAAAGUGGCCGGUGUAGAGAGGUGGCUGUUGGUGGAGGUUCGACUGCAUAUAAUAAUUUCAGGUCUGCUGAGACCAAAAAAUGUAGAACUCACUUAUUACCAUGGCCCAUUAAGCCAUACACGCCCAACACGUGACUUCAAAACGGCCUUGAGUAGACAGCUCCGACAAAUAUCUGAGAGGAAUCGGAGGAAUAAGUAAUUGUAACCAGGCUCAGUAGAGAUAGGAGGACGGGAAAACAACCUCAAAAUAAAAUAGUGUUAAAAGUUGGAUCAUUUAAUCUUAUAAACCUUUUAUUUGUUUCCAUUUAGGUUUUGUCGGAAUAACAUCAACCUGUCCGUCAUGUCUGAUGUAGCUGAUGUUGCCAUAACAGCGUCAACAGCCAUAUUCAUCUUCAUAAGUAUCGCUGGAAACUUCCUUGUUUGUGUUGUUUUAUUGAAGAAUCGAGAUAUGAGGUAGCCCCUACAAAACUACUACCCUUUUCAAGUAGUCUACCAACACUGACAAAUUCGAGUUUUAGUCCCGUGGAGUCGGGGUUUUAGUAUUUUUCUGAUGGUUAUAAACUGCUCCCGGUUUUCUUUUCUGGAAUACACUCUUUUUUUAUUUUAAUAAGAAUGUUGUUUUUCUGUCCCAGGCUGAAUAUUCUUAUUUUUCUGUUGAUUUUAGGCUGAAAAUAUUCUUAAAUUAUUCUUGAUUGUAAAUUAUAGCUUACGGCAUUUCCACUUUAGAUCUGUAUUGGAGUUUCAAUUGCCAGUAUUCGGUGUCUAGUUCUGUCUCCAGCGCCGUUUAGGGAAAGGAAUAAUUUUUUGCGGUUAAAUCAAAACAUAUAAUUGUACGGUAUUGACGGAUUUUCAACAUUCAAAAUUGAGUACUUUCCAAACUCUCAGCCUUGGGUUUAUUCUUAAGUAUUCUUAAAAUUUCACAAAUGUAAGCCUCAAUAUUCUUAUAAAACAUAUUCUUAUAGAAAAAAAAGAGUGUAGCGGAAUACUGGAUUACACAAUGCAAUUAUUAAGAAUACAGAUCCAUGUGUUUCUCUCAUUUUCGCAUUUGUCGCAGUUUUUGAAGCACUUUAAAACUCCUUACAUCUAUGUCAUGCAUCCAUGGUUUUGUUCUAAAAAUCUGUCAAAUCAAAUUAAAAACCUAUUUAAGAACCUAAAUAGCCUAAAAUCUCACUAAAUGGGUUAGCAAAGGUUACUUUUGAGUUAAGCUGAUGAAAUAUUAUUUCGCCUAGGACUCCAAUAAAUUAUCUUCUCCUUAACCUAGCAGUGGGGGAUAUCAUUUUCGCAGCGUUUUACAUAGCGAACAUCGUACCGAAAAACAGCUUCACUCUUCCAGAAGGGUUGUCAGGCGGAAUAUUAUGCGUUCUUUUGGCGGACGCAACGUUGACUUGGCUUGGAGGAUGUGCUUCAGUUUUCACUCUCGUUGCCAUUGCCAUUGAACGUUAUUAUGCUGUUAUAUAUCCCCAUGGCAACAAGGGAAAACUAACCAUGCGCAAACUGAAGGUAUGUGUUAGCUGCAGUCGUUUACAAAGUAAACAAAAAAUGAAUAAAUAAAUAAGUAGAUGAGUAAAUAAAAACAUUAAUAAGUAAAAUUAUUCGAAGUUUCAUACUCACCUAGAGAUUAUUCGUUUACUAUCCUUGGAAGAAAAGGAAUUAGCAAUAAGGGAGGGAAAAAGAGGAAAUCCUCAGAUCACCGCUUGGAUGGAGGGCAUUGACCGAAAACAAUCUUAACACACGUUUGACACCACGAGUCAUCAUCUAGACCUGCUACAACUCUACCCCACCGGUUUUCUUAGCGAGCGGGGCGAGCUUUAAUGAGCUGCGAAGCCGCGAACAAGCGACGAAGUCCCUCGUCCCGCGCCAUAUUAAAUCAAACGAAGGAGUUUUUUUAAAAAAGUCUAGUUAUCAUGCUCUGACAUAUGUUUAUCCUAACGAGAUAUCAAUUCAACGUAUAUAAGACUGUCUGUUGUUUUUGUUGAGGUUAAGAGCCCUCAACGUUAAAACCUAUCAAUCAGUAUUGACAGCUUCAUAAGUUUCCCUUCGAAUUGUCCUUUAAUCGCGAUAUCCGCCAACUUUGCAAGCGCUUAAGGACUGAUAGGAUAAAAACGAUGUCACAUGGUUUCUUAGGGGGAACACAAGUGAAAAAAAUUGCCAGUGGAAGAAAUCGCGGUGGAAUAGUUUAUCCUAGACAACAGGAAGACGAUAAUGUCAAAAAGUGGGUGGAAAUGAUCAUUGUUAAGUAUUUUUUUAAUGCAGUAGCGACCGUAGAUGUCCUCAUGACAAAUAGUAACGACGUAACGUCUUGCCAAAACUCGAUAUGUACAUUUUGCAUGACUAUGAAUUCGUCGUAUCUUUUUAAUAGAAUAAACAAACUCGACCGCAAUUACUCGUAUCACCUGUUUGCCCUCCUGAAAUACAACCUGACAUAGCUUUUAUUUCAUCGAUCCUAGUGCUUCAUCAAAGAUGGCGGGUAUUGUGAAUAAGGUCUAUUUUUACCACUGUACUUUUAAAUUCCAGGUAUUUUUUUCAUUAAUUUUGUGGCAUACUUACCAAACUUACCAACUGACUUUACAGUUUGUUUUCUAGUUUGUCUGAUCUUAGUAGUCAUUUUACUAGUUUCUAACGCUCAGUUACUUAUAGUAGUUGCUGGCUGCCUAAAAGGUAUUCCAAGCAUGACAGUUCUCUGGUACAGGUUUCGCUCUGUUACCCGGGGGUACUCCCUAUAAUGGUCUAUACGUGGAGGCUCCGACCGGAAGGGGUACCUUUUUCAGGCCUCAGGUAAACGAAAGGGUAGUGAUUUUACUCGUUGAAGUGUACGAAUGAUUAGGAAAAUCUGUCAUUAGGGUCUGUAAAAGGGCCUAAAAGUGCUAACAGAUGAAUUUUGAGGCUUUAUAAAGUCGAGAAAAUGUUCUACUUUUGCGAUUGAUUCCUAUUUAAAAGACCGUGCAUUUACAGCAGUCAAAAGGGAUGCAAAGUUCUGAACAAGGUAUGUGAAAGGGGUACCAUUUGUCAAUAGAAUGUAUACGAAAGGAAUACCUUUUUUUGUGAAAAAUGAUAUACAAAAGGGUAAGGGGUUGGACCUCGGAGCGGAGCCUUCCCGCAUAAAAAUUUGUUAAGUACUCCCCGGUUUCUGUUACCCCUAAUUAAUUCCGCGGCGUAUCUGUUAAGGUGACUAUUGAAAAACGUAUUGUACAGCAUUUAAAAAAAUGGUCUUAACUGUCAAAUUUUACACAAUCUGUUUAAAGAUGGUCAUCGCUGGAUCAUGGAUCCUGGCCGUGAUUCUUCAACUUCGGGAGUACGGGAAAAAAGUGGUUGACAACUCGUGCGUUUAUGUGUGGUCUGAAGAGUUUGUGAACUCCUUUAGUUUGAUGUGGCAUAGCUUUGUGUUUGUUUCAUGUAUCAUUCUGGCUGGCUUGUACUCGAGAGUCGUCCAUACGUUGUGGUUCAGACGUAAUGAUCAUGACGAAAUAACACACCAUCAACAGGUAUGGAUAAAUAGAGAUGCCUGCAAAUUUAGUUGUGUGCCACGCAACAUUAUAAUAGAAUUUGGUCACGUGCUUGUAUACCCCUUAGGAACACUCCACGGGCGGUAAGCUCAUCGAGGGGGGAAGAGAGUUCAUCUCGAUCGCGAAACGUUCAGAGCGAUCCUACUUAAAUUAUUCUGUUUAAGAUCAAUCGAACUGUCUGGAUUAGGAGACUGAGCCGUCUGAAGUAACUUAGGAAGACUUCGUUCAAUCGCACUCAAACGGCCUUGAGAUCAGAAUGAACGCUUGCCCGAUGGCUUACCAUUCAGCAAGCCGUUGCUAUGUUGUAACCAAGCACGUGAUCGACUUCCGUAAAGAGCCUAUUUUGCUUCAAAAUGUAGGUCUUAUUUUUACGGGUCAGAUUAUUUUACGUAUAUACGGUAUUUACCCUCAGCCAAUAAUAAACCACCCAACCCCACCUCCAACAAACCACAAGUCAAUGGCACAAAAACACUAAAUAGGUCCUCAGCUUCAAUGAACCCUCAGCAACAAUGACAAAGACAUUUCAUUCUUAAUUUAAGUUGAAAUGUGGCUACAAUUCCGAGUUCCCUUGGUUGUAGUCCUUAGCUAACUAUGUCUCAAGUACGAACAGUUUUCAAGUCUACUUUCCGUAUAAACUUAACAGUGUAGUUAUCUCCCGUGUACAGGGUGUAUUGAAGGUUCGCAAGCGAGUCACUUUGACAGUGGUAAUCAUAAGUGCUAUAUUUGUUGUUUCCUGGGGUACACAUUCCAUACUCCAUGUCAUGGAUGACAUUGGCUCGUACAAGCUCGGCCCAAUUGCAAUUCCCAUUUCUCAUGUGAUGAUUAUGGUCAAUUCCGCCAUCAAUCCGUUUGCUUACGCUCUGAUAAACCAGCGUUUCAGGGACAAGAUGAAAGGAAUGUUCUGCUGCAUUUCAGUGAAGGUCCAUCCUGACAGCGAACUACAGGUCAAAAGUAUGUCUCUUCCGCCUAACAACACAGAACAAUCGAACCUUCCAACAUCAUGAACUGGCUUAGCGCAAAUUCCCACAUAUUUUGUGUGUUUUUUAAUCACAAGCCACGGCAAGCAGUUUUGUCUGGAAUUUCCCUUGCAGAAUGCCAUGAUAUUUUAACGUCUUAGGGGAAAAUUCAAUCUGCAGCCUUAAGGAAACUGUUACUGUUUCUUAUUUAUUAAUCUUUUAACGAAAAUCAUGUUAAUAAGUAAUUAUGAAAAUAGUGCAAUGAUAAGUAGAGUUAAUAGCUCACGUUCGAUAUAUUAAAAUUCCAACAUGACUCUGAGUUUUCUUUGUGUUCAAGUCUCUUCUGAGAAUUGCGUUAGAUGCUUCUUGAAAUAAGGACUUAUACCUUUAUACUACUGUUUAGACGCCUUUUUUAAUCAAAGCCUUUUUGUUUAAAAUUCAAGAGGACUUGUUUGAGAAAAGUUUAGUUUAGGCUAUGGGUACUUUAUAUAACAUAUUACGUCAUAGAUUGUUUUGUGACAAAUGUAUAUAAAAAUAAAUCAUAUACUUAUGAGAACUGCUUGUACCUAAUUCAUUCUUUCCCUUUUUAUCAUUGCUUAGUACAGUCGAUGGACUUAUUUUGCCAAACCCAAACGAACAAGAACUUGGAUCAUCAUUCAGAUUAUUUUUCCGAUUUUUUUUUUGGCUGUAGAUUACUACUUCACUUGCAGAUACCUGUCUAAGAAAAAAAGAUGUUUUGCUACCUGAUCAUUAAAGUCUGGGCAAGAGUUUGCUCAUCCUCGCGUAAAAAUUACUUUUCUCCUGAUAGUCGAUCAGAGGCAAUCUUGGAAACAAGAGCACGCUCGCUUGACCUCUCAAAAAUAUUUAGGAGUUGUGGGUGUUUUAAUAAAAAUCACAAGGGCUAUUGCGUUUGGCGCGGUACGUUAAAAUUCUGGCCGACACCUAGGGCGAAGCGGACAUUUCUCUGAAUCUAAAUCUACGAUUAACCCAAACAACUACUAACAAUCACGGUCUGAAACGAGUCAGGAGACAAACACACAACUUAAGCUAUGUUCAAAAUGUACCGAAUACUGAGCUCUCGUGCCGGCACGAAAACCAUGGACAUGUAGGAUAGGGUUUCUGUUCACAUACAAGAAUGGUGAUUACGGAGUGAUUUCAGCUGUAACGGAGCGCUGCGCCGCGCCGCGCCGAUCUCCAAAGUGGAGAGUCACAUAUCGGAUAGGUGUUCUUUAAGCAUCAAAAGCUAUCGAGUAUAGUGUGAUAAAUGCCUUGGGGCAACUUUUUAACCCGUAACUUUUGCUCAUUUAAUCUCUUUAAAGUGGAAAUCUGACAACACGGCUUUUCGUUUCAGCUCAUGUAGUAUCUUUUUUUUUAACAAGGAAAGGGUUUGAUGAAGAAUCUUUGCCUCAAAUGGUCUAGUUUACUGCUGCAAAAAAACCCAAGCAUUGCUUACGAACCAUUUUUUUAAAAGAAACCAACACAUACCUGUAGGACUAGAGGUAAUAGUCUAGUUUAAGAGAUGAAACGAAAAGCGUCAUUUGUUUUAAUUGCUUCAAGAAAUGUUAUGGAUUGUGGGGAGGUUUAUUAAAAUCCUAAGGGCCAUUGCCAUUAGUGCGCAGUCUGUCAUAGUCCAACGUAUGACCUACAACAGACCUCUAAGGGUUCAACCAUUUUACUUUUAAGGGGGAGGGGGUAUGGGUGAUUUGGUUUGGGUAAAAAUUUGUUUUGCCCAAACCCUGAUAGAAUUUUUUUCCCUGACAUAUAACGGUUUACGUUUUUUCCAGCAUACGCCAUGAGAGAUAUUUUUUCAAUUCUGGAUCGGCCCCUAAAGGGAAUCGGACCAAAAUCGAUAUUAAUGUUAAUCUUGUAAAAAUUCUAGUAUGAGCCAAUAAAUUGUUGCUGCUGUUGUCAAGACUUCGAACCAUUUUCGUCCACCAUUUUGAAUUUUCCUCAAAAAAAGCUGACCUAGUAGCCCGGCUGCAUGCAUCUUGUGCCCUGCAUUUCUGCGACAAGAGUGAGCCGGGAUAUCCGGCUCCUUUUUCACAGGAAAGUCAUAAAUUGUCCACCAAUUCAUUGUGAAAUAUGGAUAAAAGGCCAAGUUAAGCACCAAAAGUUGCUCUGAUAUAUCAGAAUUGACAGCAAACUAGAAAUUGCUCAGAAUGCGAUAAGUCCGAAAAGUUGGGCAAAACCGAAAAAUUUGCUCGAAAUACGAGAAGCUGCCAAAAAGUUGCCGAGCAACUGUUCAAACCCUAGACUUGAUUGCUUAGGGGAAAAAAGCCGGGUAACAUGAUCAUCAUUUAGCUCUUGAAAAGUUAACAAUUUCAAAGAGUUCCAAACACUCGUCGUUUAAAAAUAUUAGAGGCAUGUCUUGAAGAUACCAUUAAAAGUUACAUAUAAGGGAUUGCCAUUUAUGAGUUCAAACUGCCUUGUGUGCGUGGUAGUAAUAACUACAGCUUCCUGUUUUCUGUAAAUACGGUGACGUCAUUUACCAUAUACGGAAGAUUUAGUUUGUGUUCGGUUUAAAACUUUGAUGAAAGGAGUCACAGUCCAACAUUAUUACUAUUUGUGUUCAUGUUUGCAAAGCCUUCACUAUGUUAAUUAAACAUUAAACCGUGAAACAAGGCGAGAAAAGGACCAUAUUUUCAAUUCAGGUAUUUCAGUAUAUUUCUUUUUUUCCUUAAAUGUUAAUUGCGAACAAUAUAUUUACGCUUACUUUUUACACAGUUUCGGACAAAAGCGGUGGUUGAUAUGAUAAUUUUUAACUCAAACGUUUAAGGAAUUGUAUGUGUGUUUUAAAAAAAGUUUCCAAAGGGCGACAUUAAAUAAAAGUUUUCUGUAUAUUAUCUUCGAUAAUUUGGCAGAUCUUAAAACUUUUUAAUGGUAAUUUCGUACAAAAACGUUUGCUAGCAUGUGUCGUGCGGUAACCUACAUUGAAGAAUUUCCUCAGUUAUCAAAAAAUGAUAAAGCGUUCUAUUGACUAUCGCUCUUGUUGACAGUCCUGAGAGCGGUAUCCAUUUGACGUGAUAGUUAAAGACGCAGGAAAGAGAAAUUUCUAACAUUAAAAAUCUGAAAGUUAAAUGCAAAUAGUGUAUGUAUACAAAACGUAAAGUGCACGUUUAGACUGGAUCCGUACAUUCGAACUGGAAUUGCCAGUUACGUGUUUCUGACCACUCGAGAAACCAAAAAUUUACCAGCAUACGUUUAUGGGUAGAAUUUUUGAUUAACCACGAUGGGUGUAAAGUUUUCUUAUCAUAAGAUAAGAUAAACUCAUAUGCAGUAAACUAUAUACAUAUAAACAUGAUAUAUAAUAUACGGUGAGAUAUUACGACUUGCUUCAAAUUAUCGCUCGCGAUGCUAAUUACUGCAGCUUCUGUUUUAUCACGCUCGUAUAGCUAGUUUUUCUCUUCCAUUUAGCAAAAAUAUGCUGAUCGAAAAGUAUCUCUUUUAUUGCAGAAGGAGAGUUUUGACUUAAACACUUAACGAGAAAUCUUCACUUGUAAGGACUUUUAGAUUUUUUUCGUACACCUGUACUCCUUAGAAAAUGACCCACUGGACAUUAAUAAUUGACGAUCGUUCGUUUUUAUUUAGCUCUGGGUAUUAAUUUGCGUUAUUAUUCAUUCAAAGUAUUUCUCCGUUUUGUGAUUGGCUGAAAUCCUCCAGUUAAUUCUUCAUGAAUAGCUAGCGAUGAUAAAUUUUGGAAGCCUAAUGCAAUUAAAUUUGCCUCCUGUGUCUGCUUGGUUGUCUGAGCUUACUUUUUAAUAAGUAUCUGUUGAGCAUACAGCUAUUUCAAAAAACGUUGUUGGAGGAAAAGCAAAAAGGCUUCAAGAAAAGACUGCAAGGUAAUGUGGAUAGUUUAUUUAUGACUUUUUCUAGAAAAAAGUCAGUCCACUAAACUAGCUGCUGAUUUCUUUAUUCAUCAUUUAUACUAAAUCGUACUUAUCAUUUCAAUUUAUAAAAAUGCUCAUGGUAAAAUUACGUUUCAGUAGAAGGGCACCCUCGCUCGUUCCGAUCUUUGAAGAGCAAUUUGUUCAGCUAAAGGGAAAAAAUCUUUUUUUAUUUAUUUAUUUGGUACAUUUUAUCAACUUGUAUAACAUGGUUACAAAGAUACUUUGUAAAAAGGAAAACCAUUUGAUAAAAGCAGAGGAAAAAAUUGAAAAGAAACACAUUCUAUAAUUUCGCCUCUUCUUUGUACUCUUUGUCUUGAUGCGGAGCCCCUUGUAUAUAGAGCCUGAGGGCCUUUUUCCGUCCAUAAGUCCCUUUAUAGUCACGGGGGGUCGACGUAAAGACUCUAGGUGAGGGUGAGCGGGCCUGCCAAUGGUCUUUCUUUUUAUGUAAAGGGUUCUGAGUAGAUCCAUAGCCAAAUAUGUAUUCAUUUUUUUAUAUAAUACUUUCAGUGAUCGUGACCAACACUGAGAUAGUCAUGUCCGAAUCAGCUGAAAUCGCUGUGACAGUAGUAACAGCAGUGCUUAUUAUCACAAGUAUCAUUGGAAACUCUUUUGUUUGUGUCGUUAUUAAGAAGAAUCGUGACAUGAGGUAAAUACAUGGUUGCCUGGUAGAUACCUAUUCAGAGACAUUACCUACUCCCUUUAGCCUCUUGAUGCCAUAUGUGUGUUUACCAUUCGAUUUGUCUUGCGGAAUUUAUCGCACCUGUCUGUUAUGAGUCCAACUGAUGAUUUACAUAAGGCCCGAAACCCCGGGGGGGGGAUACUCCCAUAAAUUAUAUAUACGGGUAUGUGCCGCCCAACGGGGUCGUGAUUUUGAAGCUCCUGAUUUAGAACGGGGUAUCCAUUUCAGAGGCGUUUUCUAGAACGGGGUAUAAAACUUGUGGAUCACGGCUUUAUCUUCUGCUUAAAAUUGUUGCUGAUUAAAACGAAGCAUUUAUUUGAUGUAUAAGUCGAACAAAUAAGGAAAUACCUUUUUAAAAAAAUAGGGCUAUUUCAAUUUACAAACUUUCUAGAACGAAGUAUAAAAAAUUGGCCCAUUUCUAGAACGGGGUAUCAAUUUUAGGGGAAAGUAUUUUUUAGAACGGGGUGCCAAUUUGGAGUCCCGGGCGGCACAUACCCACCCAAAAAAAUACUCAAGUUCUCCCCCCCCCCCCCCGGGCCCGCAACUUAAUUAUGAUAACGCUCUGUUCAAAGUUUGAUAACAUCACGAUUUAAAAGACCUGUCUCCUCGCUUUCCAAGUUCUUCCUGCCAUCCUGCAAAUCCUUAAAAUGUGACAAAGUCGACUACAUCACAAUGCGUUGAGUAACUUUAUCAUUUAAUUUCACAGAAAUCCCAUAAAUUACCUACUGGUAAACCUCGCAGUGGCGGAUAUCAUUUAUUCAACAAUCCCUCUACCGCGCAUGGCUUGGGGACACAGUCACCCAGGGGGAGUAACUGGCAAGGUGUUGUGCUUAGUACUUACAAAGGGAACCUUUGCAUGGGUCGGAGCUACUACUUCAGUCUUGACUCUGGUUUCUAUUGCCACAGAGCGAUAUUUACGCAUUGUAUGCCCCCAUGGCAGCAAAGCAAAUCUUACCAUGCGCAGACUGAAGGUAUGUUGCAAUCUCAUACUAACUUAACAAUAAGCCACCGCUCUGGUAAAAUCAUAACAAAGACUACAAAAAAUAAGUCAAUAAAUAUAGACUAACACAACAAAUUCAAUAGAUGGACAUCCCACUUUUAGGACUAUAGCUUUUCAUAAUUUCAAAACAUGUGGGAAGAGGUUAGACAUUAAGGAAUCCCCAACUGGAUGCAACAAAAUCUAUCUAUGAAUAACUAGUACCAUAGUAUAGAACUGCUCAAUAGCUUUCAUUUAAGACACCUCACCCAAAUAUUUAAUUCCCCACACUCAGAAUUUCUUGCAUGAAUUAAGGAUUUUUCCACCGUGAGAGAGAUAAGCAGUUUUAAUCGUGCUAUUUCCUAGUUCAACGAACUUGUAGCCUUUUGAACAACAACUGUUAGGUACAUGGAUGAUUCAUUAACUUCUCUCUCCUAAUGUUGUUUUUAACGUUUUAUUACUAGAUCAUAAUACCUAGUUUUUGGACCUUUUCUUUCCUUUCUAAAAUUCCGGGAGUAAUAAACAUGGCAUUGGACAAGAAAUUCAGGAAGUUUGAUUCAAAAUUCUGCACCAAGACGUCGCUUUCCUACAAAACGUGGAUACGAGACGGUUCUAUGUACUCAUGGUUUGCGAUGGUUGUUAUCUCCAUUGUGGUGAUGAUUGGGUUAUAUUCCAGAGCCAUGUACACUUUGUGGGCCAAGGGUGACAACGUUGAGUGCACGCAUCGACAAAUGGUAUUUUCUUUAUCACAUCAAAACGUUAAAACGUAGAAUUACUCUUGGGUCUAAGCUCUUCUGAUAAGGUUUAGUACUCAUCAUUAGAUAACAUUCUAAUCGCCUUCUUUCAUCUGACUUUAUUUCUGUCUUUAUAGCCAGAGUGAUUUUAGACACUUAUCCAUUUAAUAGAUCGUUGUAGAAUACUACGCACUAUUACGCUUAAAAUGUCAUUGAUUUCUAUUGUUUACUUGUAACUAUUUGGCACUAAUUGUUUGAUACUGUUUCCCAGGUGUUUCGGCGGUUUUAAUAAAGUCAUUUUAUAACUAGUUUACCUCGUUAUUAACACAUGUUUUAAUAAUCGAACUGUAAACCAAACCAUGUCAGGGAAUGGUUGAUACAUCGACGACACGAUUUGUGACAAAAGUGAACUUUUAAUAUUACUCGACGGUAACAGACGUGAGUAUACAAAGCGAGAGGUGGAAGGCAAACCACGAAAACCUACGGCACCGUCGCGAAAGUAAAUCUUGCUUCUUUACAAAGUUUUUUUUACUCGAAGCCUGUUUAUAAGAGGUGAGACAGCCCAGUUAGCUAGGAUGGCCUGAUUUACGGGGCUACAGCUCGGCUCAAUUGUUUUGUUUCCUCAUUUUGCUUAUUAUGAGAAGGCAGCUAACCUAGAUCCUAGUUGCUCUAGCAGAGAUCUAGACAAAGCCUCGUAAUAUAAACACAACGAAAACUUAAAGAGAAAACAAGACAUGAGCCGAGCCAGCCUGGCGAACACGAGCUAACUCAUCUCAUAUUAACAGGCACUUUUCUGCUACAGCAAAUUUUGAUUUAACCUGUAAAUUUGAUUUCUGUUUUUUUUUUACGCAGGGUGUGCUGAGGGUACGGAAGCGAGUGACCUUAAUGAUUGUAACAGUUAGUGCCAUAUUUGGUAUCACUUGGCUCCCAGAUGUAAUACUUCACACCGUCGAGGAAACAACCAGCCUUAAGUUCAGUCCCGUCAUAUUUCCUAUUGUUCACACCAUCAUCAUGUUCAACUGCGCUGUCAAUCCAUUUGUAUACGCGCUAAUCAACCAACGAUUCAGAGAGAAGAUGAAGAGAUUGCUGUGCUGCUGUUGAAGUUUAUUGGCGACCAAACGCCUCAAGGAUUCUCAACCACAAAGAAUCGAGUUAGUCAACAGUAGUAUCACUCAGCCAAGGGCAUAGGAAAAGAAAAAUGGACAAACUUUAUAGCUUCUAAGAAACUGAGGUCAUUAAUAGUACAAACUAUUAACGGUAACAAAAAUAAUAUACUGUAUAAGUAAAACAUUAGGCUUAGGAACAAAUGGUAUAAUUGCUAAAAUACUGGGGCACGAUCUCAGAAUCCCUUGAGACAGAACUUCAUAAUUUUGGCAAAUGGUUUUUACACCUUGAGCAAUUUCAGGUAACAAAAAGAUAACAAUUACCAUAAAUCUCUAUCUACAGAGCCUUCUAAUUUAACACAACUGGUUUGUAGGAAGCCCACAAUAAGUACAGUUUUAUUUGAUCGUAUCUGGAUUAGUCCUGGUCGAUGUCCGUUUUUUUACAUUAUAGUGUAGGGACGUUUUUGAGAAUUUCAUUGUUCGAUUCCACUUGAUUUGAAAUUGCAACUUAAAAGAGUCUUAAAAGAUCCUUUCUGUUAGGAAUUCUUUUCUCCGUUAGGAAAUCACCUGUCGUAAAAAAUUCCAUUUUCUAACCAACUACUCUCAGCAACUGAGACACGAGUGCGCGUUAGAUAUGAGAUGGUGCCAUAGCCAACGAGGCGCGUAGCGCCGUGUUGGCUAUAAUAUAGAGGAUAUUACUUGGCCGCGCGGGGAUACGAAUUUUAUCUUCGAGUGCUGAAAGCAAAAUUCGUAUCCCCAAGCGGCCAUUUCUAAUGUUCUGUUUUUUUAAUAGAUACUGAUGAAAUUCCUACCUAAAACACAACUUUUUUUAAUUCAUUUAAUUUCGAAACAGCAAAAUAGUGCAAUUAAAGUGGUCACCUAUCUGUCACAAAAAGGUUAUGAAACUCGGAUAUAAAGUUAUAAAGGAGAAAUAAAGGCAACAAUACUUAUAUUUUCUGUUCCAAAAAGUCAAAAUUCUAAUGAAGAAGAGAAAAAGUUUGGCUAACCACACGUGAAAGAUAAAAAUAGUAUCUUCACUGCGCGAUGAAGAUAUGAUUUUUUAGUAAAAGGAAAAAUCCUGGAAUUUCAUCAGUAUCUCAAAUAAUAAAAUCUCAUAUCCAAGAAGGGCGAGUGCCAUUACGUUUUUUUAAAAAAACGCCCACAAAAUAUCGAGAAUUCUUCCCGAAUUUAACUGUAAAAACAACCGAUUUCAGCUUGUUUUUAAUUUGGAGCAGACUUGUCAGUUAAGAUAUUUGGAGAGCAUGGCGUAAUGGCUCAUAUACCAUGAUGGCUACGCCAAUCAGAGCUCUAGAUUAUCCAAUGGUUCAGCUUGUAAUAAAGAUAAUUUUCAAACUAUGAAUAUAUAAUAUAAUGUACAUUUAAGCAAUAGACCACACUUUCUAUGGGUUUACCGGCGUGAUAACCCACGCGGGAUGUUGGGAGAACACUCGAAAAGCUUGUAAAUCACUCACCUUCGGCUCACGUCGUUACCGCAGCAUUUCUUGAUCAUAAUAAAGCCCAGAAAACAGAUCUUAAACCACUGCGGCUUGUAAAAAGUGAAUGAAGUCCUCCAUUACAAUAGCUGCCAGUUCCGUCUGUAAGCACGAAAUUCUUACCGAUCGACUAAACAAAAUACAGCUGUGUACAGUCUGAUGUUCAAUUAAUUUCUACUUCAGUAGUAAACAAACCAUGAAAGUAUUCUUUCAUCGUACGUUCGCAUGAAUAUGUGUUGACUUUUCCUGUACAACAGCUUUCAUAAGUUAUCAUGUAAUGAGUGCAAAAACUCGUGUUUUGAAGUGCUGCUGUUUGUUGUUUGACUGAACUGAGUUUUGAGAACGUUCAACAAUAUUAAAUCGUGAGUCAAGAUUAGCUUAUGAUGACUUUAGAGAGAAGACAUGACUUAAUCACGGUACUAAAACCAUAUUUUUUACGUAAAAGACUCCAUUCUACUAAAAGUUAUUUUAUAAAAGCAAUAGACCACACUUUCUAUGGGUUUACCGGCGUGAUAACCCACUUGAGAUGUUGGGAGAACACUCGAAAAGCUUGUAAAUCAUGAGCCGAUGGAGUCUAUUUUAUAAAACAUAAUAUACAUUCUGAACUGGUUAGAACAACUUUCUAGAAUGGUCAACUUUUCAGGAGCGAUAAAUAAUAUAAUGGAAUUGUAGUUCAAGACUUCAGAGGCGUUCUUCGCUUUUAUUACAAUAUAUAUUAUCAAGAGCCAUAAUAGGACAGCUGUCCUAUUAUGGCUCUUGAUAUUAGCGGGGCUCCACGCGCGCGCGAAGCGCGCGCGUGGGCGGAGCCCCAUUGCUAAGUAAAUCUACCCAUUCCAGAAAAUUUGGUAAUCACGUGACCGUACAGCGACCGACCGCCCGCCGUCCGUCCGCACCACAGGAAAACCAAUGUUUACUCUCACACUUUUAGCUAGUUUGGGAGCCCAAGAGAAAACUAAUUGCACAGGCUACACAUCAAUGUUGUGAUCAAUUGACAGCUAUCAAAACAGGGCAUCCGCUGACCAGUAUCACCUGACCGUACCGCGGGCUCAAGUGUCGACCCAUCGAGGUCGAGUAUUUUUUAAAGUUAUCCGCUGACAAAUUACCAGUUUUAAAUGAUCGCAGGCUCAAGUUUAUUUUUUCCAAGGAUUCAUAUCAAAUAUGUUGUGUUUAUGUCACUAUGGCCCCGCACGAUUAGGAUUUUGAUUUCAAACUGACCUCGGAAGCGAAAAUUCAUCCAGUUUUUUAAAAAGUACAGGCGGGGAAGACCUUAUCUUACCAUGGUCACGCGUUGGUCACGCUCUAAGUCCAAUUUUUAUACUCUGAUUGGUCAAAAUUUGACAGGUGAGUUUAUGCGGAAAAAUUAUUCAGCAUCUUGAAAGUAGUUUACUUUGACUUGUGAUGUUUUUAACUGUCUUUUUCCUCUGGAGGUACAAAAUGAAAUACAGCUGCUAUCAAGAGUCUUCUGUUAUUCAUGGCUGGUUUGUUUACUGGGUUUUGGAAGAGAAAUGCGUCUCUUGUCAAAAUUCGGUAAUUCGAUUUCGGAGGGCAUCGUUUUCGUUUUUCACCUUGCUUUUAUGCGUAAGAGGGUUUAAAAGUCUCAAGCAACUGUGGCCUCCCUUGCUAGCUUCCAGGAACUGAAUCUCGAAUGGUAAGCCUAAGUAAUUAUUGUAUUUGAUGUUUGUGUUUCAUGAAGUCUUGCACAGUUCACGCUGACAGUUUAUGCGGCAAGUUUAUGCACGUUUGCAGGAUUUGAGUCAAUGAUCUGACCUAGUAUCAGGUUUGAUAUAAGCUUACAGAACUUUAAAGAGCCUUCAGAUAUAUUUGCUCACUACAAAUAGAAAGAAAACGUUCCGAAGAAUAUUUAGUUAUAAAUUUGGCUAUAGAAAGAAAACUUUGAGCGAUUUUCUUGCUUCGAGGAGUUCACCUUCAAAAACAGUAAACACCGCGCCGGGAAACCGGCUAAAACAUAAACUUAAGCUUUACGCUUAAAGACUCAGGAUUUUUAGAGACACUUUAAUACUUGUCUUCGUGAAUGAAAAUUGUUGUCUCUGUAAAUGUUUCACGGAAUUAUCUCUCUUUUUUUGAUUGUUAGUAGUCUCUCUUGCAAUUUUAAUCGCUUGUCCGUGCCGUUUGUUUUCAUCGUUCAUGACCAUCGCUUGCAGGAGUACUCAAAAAUGUCGCGCGUAUCAAACGCUUUAUAAGAUUACACAUCGUUAUAUAACUGAAACCAUUAAAUAACAAAACAAAUAAUAAUAAAUUCGCUAUUAUGUUGAAGCGUAACUCUGUUAAAGUUCAUUCAAACACUCGACCACACUGACAGCUCGCACUAUAGAAACGAGAACCAGCUGGCCGUAUGGGUGAUUUUGGAAAUUUUCUGAAAUUUUUGAACGGUUUGGCUCGUCCUGAAUAUUGACUGAGUGCAAUUUGUCUUGAAAAAAUGUGAAAUACCGCAUUCUGUCCGAGCUCUGUAUGAUAAAUAGUACUGUUUCACCUCAAAUGUGGUGUAUAAAAAUUAUAAAAGGUUGGUUUAAACACCCCCAGAUUUGUUGGCAAGAAUUUGUAAAGUAAACCUGUCGAACGCAAAAAAAUUUGGCGUGAUUUGUUUUCCAAGAAUUUGUUUUCGAGGCCUAAUCUACUGUGAUCUUGAAUGUGAUCGAAGAUGUUUGCUAUUUUUUGGGUGUACAUAUAAGGUUAUCAAUUCGAUGUAAGAUGUUUCACUCUAAAAUAACUUAGCCUUUCCCUCAAAAGUGACAUGAAUGUACGUGGCCUUAAGUUAAAUGAUUUGUGGAUUGAAAGGUUAUUGUUUGAUUUAAAUUAUAAUUUAUUAAAAUUGGAGCUUCGCUUUUAGCCCUGGCUAAAUCUAUAUAUUAUAUAUAUACAUAUAGCUGACUGGAUUUGCAAAAACAUGGCUAUAGAAAUCUCCCUCAUAUACCUUCUGACUGAGUGUUGUAGUGGAGCAUGUUUUUUUUUUUCAUAGUUACUUUUUGUUUAUUUAAUUCUUACCGAAUAUUUACUGGAUAGGCUGCAGUAUUUAGACUGAUGAGUUUCUCACUGGUAUUAAUCUACCACCCCCUCUCCCCCCAAAAAAGUUUUUCAUAACUUCCCAUAAUUCUCUCUGUAUGUCAGUUUGAAAUUAGCGCGCAUAUUAGACUGAACUCGGCUCUCAUAGUGGGUUGUCCUAGAGUUUUUUUGGCUGCUUCAGCAACGUUUUCUGGAAGGCAUCAUUAAGCCUUACGAAGGAACAAUUCUCACGUCUGGCAAAGUCUGCUGCGUCCAAUAUCUUCCCGUAUUUCGUCUCAUUUCGGGCUACACGGGUAAAAGACUGAUCCCGGGCUUGAUACGGAAAGAUUGGAUAUUGCGAGCUUUGUUGUUGGCAGUGACAAGUCUUUUGCCUCACAAAGUAGGUUCUAGGGUUGAAAUCUACUCGGCGAGAUGGAAAUUCAUGCUGACUUCUGACCAGGUCAAAGACUACGUAAAAAAUUGUUUUGAAGGCGGGGGCUGCAUGUCUUCUUUUCAACCGGUGGUUUACGUCCGGGAUCUUGAAUCAAUCGACUGUCAGUGAGUCGAGAAAAGUUCCAUGUGAUGACUUAUGUGGAGUAAUUUGACGAUGUUUUGCCCGUGUUAAGUGUGGAAGUAUUAUGAGUGGUUUUCGGAAGUGUUGUGAUUGCCGCCAAAGUCAUUUAUUGUGUGAUUUACCGAAGGUGUUGACAGGUAUGUCUUUGAACUCGUGUUACCAGAAAACUUUGUGUUAAGCACAAAAACGCUUCGCGAGUAUUUAGUGUAGGUGAUUUUGCCUUAGAAAGCCUAUUCUGUGCUCAGAGAUUGUGGAUUUUAAAUCUAAUGUUUUCGGCAGAGACUUAGCUAUGGGACUCAUGGUUUGACCGACUAAAAAGUUAUACCCACUGAUGUUUCAAACUCGUUGUUUAUUUCAUCGCAAAAUCCUGUUACUUCUGCUUGAAAAAUUUACCGUCUGUUGCUAGCAAUAAAGCUGUGAUUAUUGAGCCUUAGCUAGUGACUUGUCAUUGUUUUCCAUUCGACUUAGAUGUCAAAUUGUUAAAAUGCACUUGAAAUUUGUUUAGCCACGUUUUCGCAAAUCCAGUCAUAUAUAUAUAUCUUAUUGGACGGUUUAGUGUGUAGUAUUGUGGGAUAUUUCUACGAGUCACGCUGUAUUUUGGCGAACCCGUAAGGCGAGUCAAAAUACAGGAGACGAGUAAAAAUAUCCCACGAUACCACACAAUAAACCGUCCAAUAAGAGAUUUAUUAUUCAACUCGAGAUGUUUUAAAAUAGAACUCAGUAAAUACGUAAAACGAGAGUGCGUGACAGAUUAACGUGACUCCUUUGCAAGUCCAGUUUUCGCGCACUUUAUGCAACAUUGUUGCUUAUUGGUCUAAAAUGAAAACUCUUCAAACUAGUUUACUCAGCAAAUCAAAUUUGGUCGGAUUUCUCGGCGCUUCGGGGUGCUAUCUUUCAAACAUUUGCUAGGAAAACAGAGAUGGAAUAACUUAUGAUGGUGUCCCGGUUGUUAUGUACAGCCGACUGCAAGAAGAUAAACUGAGCAGAACAAACUGCGAUGAUAAGAUGAAAAAUCUCCCACGAAUUGAAGGAGUUUUAAAGAGCUACUUGUAAACAACGGACUUGAAACCUCAUCUUCGCCGGGAUUAGUACUAACGUUAAGACUUUAGAGAACGUCUAGAGUCUUCCACAUCGAGUUUCCUCACAUUUUAAAAAGACUAGAAGAGAAGAUUUUUAAGCUCCUCGGCGGGGAUUGUAUUUAAUCAACGUUGUUUGUGUCGCCGAUCGUCGCCGUCGCCAUGCAUCUCAUGCACACGUUCAGGUCUGUUUUGAUCUUGUCUGUUGUAUUUUAAACUUAUAUAAGCCUUUAAAAUGUUUAUAUGUUGUGACUAUUUUUAAUCAAUGUCGACGUUUCAUUGUUGAGGCAACUUUAUUCUAAAACCACGGUUUUAUUAAACAAACAAUGCAUUUUCUGCCAUGUGCAACGUAAACGUUUGUAAAACCCGGUCAAACCGGUCUUCUGGAGUACAAAUACCGUGAGAUAUUUGUACUCAUUUUGGGUGUUAUUUGUACUCUACUGAAAUAAUAAGAUUUAAUAUUCAUUUAAAAUAUUUCCCUGUUUCUGAUUGUCUCACAUCCCCCGGCUAAUUCUUUAUUACCAGCUGGUGUUGACCAAAUUUGGAAGAUGCGAGCAAUAUACCAUCGAUUCGAUGAUAUAAUGCGCAAGCAGCCCCGCUUCAAGGCAAAUAUCCCAUCGAUCAACCUCGAGUUUCCAGGCACGGAAGCCUAACUGGUUUUUCCCGAGUGAGCUAAAAAAAUGGCGUUGACGGCUGUGCGAGGACGAAAUAGAUUAAUUUCUGACCAAAACUGAAAGGACGAAAAGCAGGAGUACGAAAAACAUAUUGCUCGAUGGAUGUUAUCUACUGUUUGAGUAGUAUCUGCAAGAAAAAAAAACAUCUGUUUAUAUCCUGAAACCGUCCUGAGAAAUAAGUCAAAGUUUUGAAGAAAGUCUACGAAGAGGGAAGGUUGUUAAGAACUUAGAUGUAUUUUGAAUGAAUAAUGAAACAAUUAUUGAACUUGGCUUUCGUUUAAUGUGAAUUAUGCAGAUCUCGGAAGCUGUUUUACACCGUGGUGGGUAAAAUUCUCCUCGAUCUGCAUAAUUUUCUUUAUGGUAUUCAACCUCAUUUAAUAAUUGAUAGAAAAAUGACACCAUGUUAGGCCCCAAUACCGCCGGUUUAAAAGCGCAAAGUUCCAAACACGGGACGUUUAAAAUAUCAAAGGCAUGUGUUUCAGAUACUAUUGAAAUUUACAUAAGAGAUUGCCAUUUAUGAGUUCGAACUUCCUUGCACCCGUAGUAGUAAUUGCUGCAGCUUCAUUUUUCGACUGAAGUUAAAUAUGAUCCUGUCAUUUAUGACGUCAUUUACCAUAUAUGGAAGGUGCAGUUUAUUUCUGGUUUGAAACUUUGCUGAAAAACUCACACUCGAAUAAUAAAUUCAUUAUUAAAUAUAUGUGUCGACAGUUUGUUUAUUGUUUGCAAAGCAUACACCAUGUUAAUUAACAGUUAAACCAUCAAAUAAGGUGAGAAAGGGACAAUAUUUUUCAACUCAGGUAUUUGUGUUUCUUUUUCACCUAAAUUAAUUUCUAGUGAGCUAUUAAUCCUUCUUUUGAAAAACGGAAAACACAUUUUCUGACAAGAAUGAUGGCUCAUGAUAACGUUUAACUUAAGAUGGCCCGAACCUAUAUAUACGCGCGUUGGUUAUGCUUUUUAAUCCCGUUUUUCGGCAAGAAAGAUUUAACCUAUUUCUAUGAUUUUUAGCAUCCUUAAUGAAGAAUGGUCGAACUUUAAGAAACUGUUAUUUAUUUUAUUGUAGAAAUAAAAACGUUUGAGAUAUCGGCAUAUGUUUAAAACCACAUUUUUACAAAAAAUGUCAAUAAUUUCGAAAUCCUAAGACAGAUUUUUCUCUAACUUAGCAAAUACGCCUCAGAGCUCUCUAGUUUUAUAUCUGCAAGUUUGAAUUCAAUCGUGACCGUAGAACUCGCUGCACAAAUAGAUGGUCAAAUUUAACCUUAAAUGCAACGCUAACAUAUUUGUGAAAGUUGACGCACAAUUAGAGGAAAACUGCCAACGGACUAUCUCCUAUCUGCAAGGAUACUAAAAGUUUGCAUUCAAGUCCAUUUCUUUUCGAAACCUAUCUUAACAAGACAAAAUAUAGCAUAUAUCUAGGAAAAACUCUCAAGAGUUUUUAGCGUCGCAGGUUUCCGUUUUGAGGAGAAAUAAAGCCACCAACUCCAGUACUUCUAACCGUCCAUUUUUCAGCUGCACUGAAAGCCCUUGUACUUGGUAAUUUAUUCAAGGUUUUUAGUCUUGACAUCACAUUCGCACGGAAAGUUUGCCACUUUGGGAUAAAGAUGAAGAAAAUAUGACGAUCGUCUUAUUCUUUUCAUUAUCCCCAGUGGCAAACUGUCCGAGCGAAUGUGAUGGCAAAUCUUACAAGAGCUUACAAGCUUGAAUAAAUUACCUAAUACAAGGGUUUUCGUUGCAGCUGAAAAUGGAUCCGUUGAGGUACUGGAGUUGGUGGCUUUAUUCCUCCUCAAGACAGGAACCAUCGGUGCUUAAAACUGGUAGGAGAUUUCCGUGGAUGCUUUAUCUUGCUUUGUUGAGAUUUUUUUUCGACAAGAGAAGGGCAAAUACACAGUAACUUUAAUAAAUAGAUGUUCGUUCAUCUUGCCCGCAUUCAACAUAAAUUUCUUCUUCUUGCCUUGCGAACUUUAUUCGCCGUAGGUUUCUGAUUACUCAGUUUCUUGCAACUAAAGCUUGAAACUGAAGCUAAACAAACCUUUAUUGCGGUGUCCCUGAGACUCACUAAAGUCUUUUAAAGACAAAUGUUACGCUUCUUUAUGCAAGCGAGGUUCUUAAUGUCAUUACAUUUGUCUUCUUCAAUUCCUUGUUUGUUUGCUUUCCUUUUGUUAAGUAUCCGUUAGGUAUAUAUUUGCACAUUUUUUGUUUUACUUUUUUUCAAACUAGGAAACAAAAGGGGAAUUUUGAAAAAACCUGCCAAAAGAUACUUAGCAAAUAGCAAAAUAUUAGAUAAAAGAAGAGGAAAAGAAAAAUAAGCAGAUUCUACACAUUUUGCUUCUUCAUUAUCAUCCUUGUCUUGAUACGAAGCUCCGUGUGGAACCUAUCCCCUGGUAUAGAGCACGAAGAGUCCUUUUCCGUUUAAAAGUCACUUUAUAGUCGCGGCAACGUACGUCCGAUCGAACGACCCUACUCACGUACAAACUCUGGGAGGGGAGCUGCCGCUGAACGUUCUUUUGAUACAAAGGUUUCUGGGAAGGACCUUAGCUAAAUUAUUACUCACUGUUUUUUUACAUAUAAUUUCAGUUAUCGUGACCAACGCUAACAUAGUCAUGUCGGAAUCAGCUGAAAUUGCUGUGACAGUUGUAACGUCAGUGCUUAUCAUCACAAGUAUCGUAGGAAACUCUCUUGUUUGUGCCGUUAUCAAGAAGAAUCGAGACAUGAGGUAGAGAACUAUUCAGCAAUGACACCACAUACUCCCUUCAACCAGUUGAUGCCAAACAAUUUUUUUACUAUGCAACGUAUCUUGCAGAAUUUGCCAUCAAUGCCAUGAGUCCACUUGACAAUUUUUAACGAGACCAUAAGGCGCCUUGUUUACCCCCAAAAUUUUACCUGACCAAUUUUUCCAAUUGAUGAUAAAUUCAAAUGACCGUUUUCAUCCAUGCACACAAUUUUUUUGUGGAGGGGGGUAAACAAGGUGCAUUAUGGCCUCAGUAGAAAUGGUGAAUUGAUUAUUGAGAAAAGGCACGUAUUGCGAAACUCACAAAACCGUGAACAUCAGAAAUAUUUAUGGAAUGCUAUUCUGUUGCGAGAAAUAAGCCACUAUGGCACGAGAUAACUAAACCGCAAACAGCAACGGUAAUUAAUUUGUGGUUUUGAGGUUUGCUUGCGUAUCCUGAACUUUAUUGUGAUUGGCCAAUACACAAGCAACAUUCCUGAAAUUUUUCAGGUGUUCACGGUUUUCUGAGUUUGACAAUAACGUAAUUACAUCACUGUAUUCAAGUUUUGAUAAAUCUGUAAUUUGUUUUCGCCGUUUGUCGGUAAAGAAUAAUUCUUGAAGUAUGACAUGGUAUGCCAUACAUACGUACAUACAUAUAUACCAUAUGUAACCUCGAAUUCAGAGUAGUUAAAGAUGAGCUAUAAUUUUCGAGUUACAAGUAUAGUUACAAAUAUGACUACAAUUUUGAAAUUACAAUGUCGCCUGUUACAAUACGUUGAGUUAUUUCAUUAUUUUAUUUCACAGAAGUCCCAUAAAUUAUCUACUGGUGAACCUUGCAGCGGCGGAUAUCAUCUAUACAACAUUUAGUUUACCAGGCAUUGUGCUGAGACACACUAACAGACACCCAGGGGGAGUGACUGGCAAGGUGUUGUGCAUAGUACUGACAAAGGGAAUCUUUGCGUGGGUCGGGGCUUUUUCUUCAGUUUUAACUCUUGUUGCCAUUGCCAUAGAACGCUACCUAAGCGUUAUACACCCCCUCGGCAGCAAAGCAAAUCUUACCAUCAGCAGACUAAAGGUAAGUUGCACUUCGAAAACCUUACAGCGCCUAGCUAGUAUAAUAUCAUCAAUAGGCGAAUCCUUUUUUACAUUUUUUGCAUCAUUAACAUAUCCUUAUAAUUAAUCUGAGCUCGAUAUACCGAAUAAGUUUUGAAGAAACUUUCAAAAAAUGUAUGACCUCUUUGCCCUUAGCAAUUUCGCAGUUUUUGAUUCCUGAUAUUUCCUCUGUUAUUGAUUGCAAAGAGCUGAAAAUUGCAUAAACUGCUCCAAUAAAGCAGCUCUUUUAUCCUUUGAACUAAAGUUGUGAAUACGACUUUAUUCGGGAAUAAAGGUUUCAUUAAUUAACCUUUAGUAAGGGGUUGUGAAAAUUUAAAAGGCUGAGGAAGAAUUUGAAGAAUCUCAUGAUCAAAGCAUCGUUUAAAGAGAUAUCUUUUUAGAUUAGCUUUAGAUUAAAACAUUAAAUUAAAACAUAUCUUUUUACAUUAAAACUUAUCAUUGGAUUAAAACAUAUCUUUUUAGAUUGGCUUUUAAGAAGUUUUAACUUGAUUUUAUUCUCAUUUUAUUUUAUUUAUGUAUUUUUAUCAGCAUUUUUACUGUUAAUCGGUGUCAUCUUUCAUAGUCGAUAUCAUAGAUUUAUUUUAUAAAUUUUAAUUAGUAUGACCGUAAAGCGCCUUCGAUCAUUCAUGCAUGUAUGUUAAAAGGCGCUAUAGUAGAUUUAUAAUUUAUUAUUAUCAUUAUUACUAUGAUUAUCAUUAUAAUCAGUAGAAAUUACAGAUGUGUGAAAUUUGUAAAUAUCUCCAAGAGCUCCCUUGGCGUUUUCUCCGACGAAUGUUCCACGGUCUUAGACAUGGUGAAUGACAUUGGCAUUGACAAAAAGCAGCAACUUCAUAUAAUCAAGAAAAUGAUAAACAUAGUCAUUAGAGCAACAUACUACACCUUUUGUUGUAGAAAUAGGAAUUGGGAUAGCCCAGUCUUAAUGCAAUUUUGAUUUUCUUUUCUUUUCUUUUUUUUUUUUCAAUAAUUCGAUCUCAAGCAGCAUUUGUAAAUUGUCUAUACGUAGCGAGAUCUACAAUAAUUAUUGUACAUUUAAAAACACAAAUAAGGUUUCCAUUAUUCUUAUUAUUUAAGGAUUUGCGGAUGCAACAAAAUGUACUAAAGAAAAUCACUGUUCGGUAUUUAUGAAUAAGUAGUACAAUAGUGAAGCACUUCUCUGUGACGUCCAUUCGACAUUUCUUACCCGCAAAAAUUUCAUUUCACAAACUUGAGAAUUUGUUACAUGAAUUAGGGAAUUUUUGCACUGUGAGAGACUGUGAGAGAAAUACAUUUUUAUUCUACCAGUCGUCCAAGCACAACAAAACUUAAAAAUGACAAAACAGCAUGCUCAAAACUGCCCAAAGAAGUUCGAUUUAGCUUAAUGUUGUUUCCAUUUUCCAUUACUAGAUUAUUAUUCCUAGUUUUUGGUUCUUUUCAUUGAUUUUGGAAAUCCCGCCAGCAACGAACAUGGCAUUAGACAAGAGAUUCGAUCCAAAAUUCUGCCCCAAGAUGCGGCUUCACUACAAGACAUGGAUACAACAUGGUUACGUAUUCUUGUGGUUUACGAUGGUUGUCAUUUCCAUUGCGGUGAUGAUUGGGUUAUAUUCCAGAGUCGUGUUCACUUUGUGGGCCAGGUGCAACAACGAUGAACUCACACAUCGACAGAAGGUAUUUCAUUAAACACGUUAAAAAGUUAUACCGUGGACGUUCACCUAGUACUGUACAAAUUUUCGACCGGUUAAAAAUUCGUGCGUUUAGGGGUUUAGUUCACAGGGAGCCUCUGUAAAGACAUUUAGACUCCCAACCGUUCAUUAAGUUGAUCGCCAAAAUCGAGUUCAAAUAUUGAGCCGGUACGGUCGAAAAAUUGAUCAGCGUGGUGUGAACACAUUGACCACCUAAAGGCGUGGUUGCAUGAAUGCUUGGUAGCUUAGUGGAAGACGCCAUUUUGGAUUGGCUUAAGUUGUGCUCUGGGUAAGGACAGAUGGUUAAAACGCUGAAAAAGGUAAAAUUCAACCUAGAUCGUGAGGGAAAUAUUGAACGGUUCCAUGUGAACGAAAUGUCCGAUCAAAUUUUUUCAGCCGGUCGAGCUUUCGUCCGGUACCGUGUGAACGUAACUUUAAAGCUUUUUUUAAAUUCUGACGAGAUUUUUCUCAAUUGUACUCAAUUUUCGAUCUUUUAUUUCUUUCUUAACAACUACACUAUAUUUACUUGGUUACUGAUAACACUCACGGUGGCUCGCCUGCAUUUUUCAGGGAAAAUAUCUCCCAAGUUUGAGCACGUCGCCGUUAUCAAAGAUAUAGGAAACGACCAUCACAGCUUAAUCAGACAAAGAAAAAACAUUGUUAUUUACAAAGGAACCUCGAUUUAACGGACGGCCAAGGGAAAGACAAAAUUUGUUCGUUAUAACGAGGAUCUGCAUGAAACACUGGGAAAGCUUUAUGACCUCUAAUAAAUAAUAGACUCAGAGAGGCAAAAGUAAGAUUUAGUCAGAUUUUAGAAUACUCCGAGCACUGCAUAAUCUUAGCGAAGGUGACGUGGGAAGCUACUUCAAUGCAUGCAUGCUUAAAUCCCUCCCAGUGUCGUUAAAUAUGCCUGUAAGCAAAAUAAGGGUAACGUCAUUACAUUACUGUGGCAACUGCGAAGUCAACGUAACACUGUUAACAGCAAACUUUCAUCUUUACCUAAUACAGCUGUGGUGAUCACUUUUCCAAAUCUUUUUAAUGGCGACGUAGUUAAUACUUAAACUUGGACGUAUUGGCCGUGAAAGUCUAGUCGAGCCAACAUAACUUAAGUAGUUUUUUUACUGAACUGUUAAACCAAUCCCAGUAAGGGAAUGGCCGUUUGACCGACGACAAAAUGUUUUUUGCUCCAGCAAACUUUAAAAUAACCUGCAAUGUGGUUUUGUGCUUUUUUAUGCAGGGAGUGUUAAAGGUGCGAAAGCGAGUGACCUUAAUGAUUGUAACUGUCAGUGCCAUAUUUGGUAUCACUUGGCUCCCAGAUGUAAUUCUACACGUCGUCGAACAAACAACCAGCAUCAAGUUCAGUCCCGCCAUAUUUACUAUCGUUCACACCAUCAUCAUGUUUAACUCCGCGGUCAAUCCAUUUGCAUACGCGUUAAUCAACCAGCGAUUUAGAGAAAAGAUGAAACGAUUGCUGUGCUAUAGUUCAAUUUUAUCGGAACUCAGAAGCUCCACAAAUUUGCAAUCACACAGCAUCGAGUUAAUGAACAGUAACAUCACUCAGCUACGUCCAUAG